AUGGCGGUUGCCGUCCAUUCACUGAAAGAUGAAAAAGUCGCGAUAUUCGCCGCGUGUUUCGUUUCCCUCCUAGCAUUCCUCCAGGGACUGGACACGGCUCAGAUCUCCGGGUUCACGGCCAUGCCCGGAUUCCUAGCAGACUUUGGCUUCUUCAAUAGCGCAACACAGAGCUGGGACAUCACACCGUCCAGACAACUCCUCAUAACUUGCAUCAUAAACGUCGGCGCCGCAGUGGGCUCGCUGAUUGCCGGACCGCUAGGCGCGCGAUUCGGAUCCAGAUACGGCCUUAUGUUGUGCGCUCUUACAUCCAUCCUCGGCUCGACUCUCCAGGCCAGCAGCGCUACAUUAUCAAUGCUGAUAUGCGGCCGAAUCUUUGUCGGCAUGGGGAUCGGAAUGGCAACCAAUUUCAUCCUCGUGUACCAGGCUGAAGUUGCCCCGGGCCCGUUGCGUGGUGUGCUGCUUGGCACGUUUUCACUCACAUACACAUUCGGUGGGUUCGUCGGAACAUGCAUCAAUCAGGGGACGCACGGUCUCGCGAGCAGCUGGAGCUAUCGCAUCCCCCUACUGACGCAGCUAGUCUGCCCGGCAAUCUUCUUGGCUGGGGCCUGGGCGCUGCCUGAUAGUCCGCGGUUCCUUGUCAGCCGUGGGCGCGUCGAGAACGCGAAACUGGCUUACCGCAGACUUCAUGGAAGGACAGUCGAAUCCCAUGACCUCGGCGAGCGGGAAAUCGGGGAAAUCAUCAAGUUCGUCGAGUUCGAAAAGGCAACCCAGCGGAGCACAAGCUACCUGGACUGUUUCCGCGGCGUGGACCGGCGCCGGACGCUGAUUGCGAUGGGCCUCAUGACUUGCCAGAACUUUGGCGGCCGCGACUUCCUCUUCAGCUACGGGACGUACUUCUUCUCAGUAGCGGGUGUCCGAGAGCCCUUUCUUAUCAGCAUCAUUUUGAACCUGUCGGCUUUGCUCGCUGCCGUCCUCUCCAUUCCCCUUGUGCACGUCACAGGGCGCCGGAGAAUCCUGCUCACCUGUGUCGCCGGGUUUGUUGUCUGUCUCUUCAUCUUCUCCUCCGUCGGAACCGCAGUCCCGCAGAGCGUGAUCGCAAGCAAGAUCCUGAUCACGUUUAUGGUGCUGUACAAUUUCCUGUUCACAAUCUCGCUCGUAGUCGUCGCGUCCACGGUUAUUUCCGAAACGGCCAGUACGCGGCUUCGCUCGCAGGCGCAGUCGCUCGCUGUCUUCACAGCUUGGAGUGAAGCCGUCAUGUGGACCGCUGUGCUGCCGUACCUGAUCAACCCAAAUGCGGCGAAUCUCAAGGCGAAAAUCGGGUUCAUGUAUGGUGGGUUUGGGGUCUGUAUUUGGUUCUUUAUCUUUUACUGUGUUCCGGAGUAUCUCCAUCGGCCGUUGGAGGAGAUUGAUGAGAUGUUUUUGAAGGGAGUGGCUGCCAGGGAGUUCGAGGGGUUUCUUUGCACGGGGGAUCUUGAUCCAGCCGCCAUCGCGGAUGUCCAUGUUGAGGGAUCAGGCAAUGUUGAGGAGAUUGUUGUUAGAAAUGCGAAAUAG